AUAGCGGCUGAAUUUGUGAGUUGUUUUACCAAUCCUUCAAGGUACAUAAUACAGCUAACAAUGAAGGCCGGCCGUGUGACGGUGAAAAAGAUGAUCACCGACUAUGAGAAGACUCACAUACGAAAACGAAAACCACCUUUAAAAGGUGGAGGAGACAACAGUAUGACCUUUCCCAAAGAGUACACCAUUACUGGAAACGUCUAUCGCGCAAGUUUUGAGCCUCUUACACAGGCCUCCGUCAAAAGACACCGACGAACCACUUUCUCCGCAGACACUCCUAGACAAGUGAGCAAGGCGUCUCUUCGUUCUACCAACGAUGCGGACAGAUGUGACUCGACUGAUUGGGAAGUGUCAGUACCCUCCGUGGUUCCCGUGGUUGUCUUGCUGAUGUCCCUGGUGCUGUAUUUGGCUAACGCCGCGCGAACCAUCAUCACCACCUACAAUGUGCUCCCUGUCACAUUCAACGUCUCACCAUCGGGUUUCAUGGCUUGGAUUGUCUUCCUUUGGCUGAUCAAACGUUUGCGGGAUUUCUUCGACCAAACAUUUGCCCUCAACGUCGCUGUUGCCAAUAAAGAGACGCAGACAGAGUACCCAAUACAGACCUUGAACUAUCCCAUACAGGCCGCUGGGAAUCCAGUCAGUUGUACUCAGGACUCCAGCUUUGAGUCCUCCUCCCUGGCUCUCCACAAGGAAACCCAGGUGUAAUUACCAAGACAACAGAUUUCGUCGGCAUAGUCUUUUCAUGCUGGCCAAUAAGUGAAGAUUUUGCUUGA